UCUCAACGUGAACGAAAAAAUCUGACAGUCCACAGAGAGAAUAACAGUUGCCCUCUGUAGUUAUUGUACUGGCUGAUCAUUAUCUAGUGUUGUAAUCAUUUGAGAGUACCAUGUGGGACUGUAGCGGCUUGGCUACAUGUCAGUAGCUCUGAAGACUCUCUUCUGAUGCUCGUCCUCUGACCCAACUGGACUGAACUAUGCCAAACCUGAAACAGCUCUGCAAUAUGUCUGAAAGUCUUCACCCACUGGACAGCUUUCUUUAAGGAUCAAGACACACAAAAACAACAGGGGAAUUUCUAACCAAGAAAGUGACAGAAAACCAACGUAACAAUGAAUGUCAUAGUCACACUUCCAGCGACAUCCACAAACUUAACAGAGUGUGUUCAAAUCGGCGAGAGUGUCAUCAGUGACCUUCUGAUGUCUGUUUACAUCUUGGCUUUUAUCUUUGGUUUGAUCUUCAAUGUGCUGACCCUGGGCCCCAUUUGGCAACAAGUGCAGCGGCAAAAUGUUCUGGGUAUCUUCCUGCUAAGCCUGUCCAUCUCUGACAUGCUUUUCCUCUUCACCAUGCCCCUCUGGAUCAAUUAUUACCGGCAGGACCACACCUGGAAGCUAGGUGUUAUCUCCUGCAAGUUAGCUGGCUUCUUCUACUACUCCAACAUGUACAUCAGCGUCUACCUCCUCUGCAGUAUCUCCGUGGACCGCUGCCUGGUGGUCACCUAUCCACUCCGCUCCAAGACGUACCGUACAUCGUGUUAUGCCUGGAUACAGUGCGCUACUGUUUAUGUUGUGGUGAUGGCGAUGCACAUCAUCCUACUGGUCAAUGACAAUCUCAAAGAUACCCAUGAUGACCAUGACCGUUGUUAUGAGACUUAUCCCAUGGAGAAGCCUGUCGCCUUGUUCAACCUUCUCAGAGCGGGAAUUGGCUUCCUGCUGCCCCUACUGGUCUUAGCAGUGAGCUACUGGAGGGUACUGGCCACUGUGGGUCAGAGUCCCGGCCUGAGUGUCCAGGCUAAAAGGAAGGUCCGCCUGCUGUCCUUUGGGGUGAUUGGGAUCUUCUCAAUUUGCUUUGCUCCAUAUCACAUUAUCCUGCUCAUACGCUCACUGGUCUUCUAUGCACAUUCUCAAGAAAGUUACUGCAAGUUUGAACAACAAAUACACUUUUACUUCUCAUGUACGCUGGCACUGUCCAGUCUGAACUGCGUAGUGGACCCUGUGUUGUAUGUGCUAGUCAGUAACGGAGUCCAGGAGGAGCUGAAACUGUGCUGGAAGAGGCAUCGAAGGACACAGACAGACAGAAACUGUGCCCUAACUGAAUUCACAGGAAAGUCUAAUAAUUUAAUAUGAAGUAAGCUGUAUGUGGGUGGACCAGUGCACCUGUGUAUUUGUAUGCAUAUCUAUUUAUAUAUAGACUCAUGUCUUCAAAGUUAAAGAGUAAUUGGCAGAAUUAUUCACAUUCCAUAAUUAACCAUCCAUGUUCAGACAAUCGGACAUCCUUUGAGAGAAGCACAAUUUCGAAUUUGUCUGUUUCCCCCCUUAUAUCCCGCAUCGUGUAGAGGAGGGGGUUGAAUUACAUGCAUCUCAAAGCUCUGUAAUUGGAUUGCACUUACAGGCUUUGCUCUUCCAAGAGUUCUUCAGUGCCAGCCACUUCUGUUUUGUGGUUGGACACUGCUGGAGUUUAAGAGCCCUUGUAUUUUCCCUCCAAUCUAUAUAAGGAUAUUGUGAUUGUUAUGUGCGACCCUGAUAUAGCUGCAAUAGGUGCAUUCAGUGAAACAUGUUGAAUGUAAAUCCAAAUAAACCAGUGGUUUGAACAGG